UUGGUUUUGACAUUCUGUCUGUCAACAACACAUUAUUUCUUUAUUCAAACAGUAUCUCGUUGAUUCGCGUUUAAAAUGGAAUGGAAAAAAUACAUUUUGUGGUUCGCACAACAACAUGUCAAUUUUCGAUAUGCAGAGUUGCAAUCGCUUUUGAAUUUGUACCAAAUUCCACACAGGCUACCGCCAAACAUUUGCGAAGAGAUAGAGCAGCCAUUCCAAACUAUUGACCUACCCAGUAUUGAAUGUGCCCGACAAUUGGUUUCCCGUUCCGUGUCAAUUCGUUGUAUUCUUGAGCAUUGGUCGAGCGCAUCCAAUUAUGAAUCAUUCCACAAGGAUCUCAGGGAUUUUGUCGCCAAAAAUAAAGAAGAUGCAAAUUUUCAGCAAUUAUGUAAAAGUUCAUUUCGAAUUACCGUGGAAACAUACAGUAAAACCAUUCAACAUAAGAUGAAAGUCGAUAAAAUCGAAACUCUUGAUUAUUUACCAUUCGAGGGUGAUGUAAAACUGAAAAAUCCAGAUUUUGAAUGUUGUUACAUUGAAUUUUAUGGACUGGAUCCGAAUAAUGCACCAGCCGAACCAUAUAACAUCUAUUUUGGUAAAUGGGUCGCAGAUGGAAAUCGAUCAUUAAUCCACGAAAUAUCAUUGAAAACAAGAAAAUUCAUUGGUAAUACAUCAAUGGAACCAACGUUAAGUUUACUCAUGGCAAAUCAGGCACAAGUUAAACGAGGCGAUAUUGUAUUUGAUCCAUUUGUUGGAACCGGUUCUCUGUUGAUUGCUGCAGCUAAAUGUGGCGGAUAUGUAAUGGGCACCGAUAUUGAUUAUCUUAUGCUUCAUGGAAAAACAAAACCAUCAAGAGUAUCACAAAAGACACGUGAUGAAGACGAAUCUAUUCUGGCGAACUUAAAGCAAUAUAAUUGUGACCAUCUCUAUUUGGAUGUUCUUGUUUCUGACUUUUCCAAUUCCAUAUGGCACGACAAAAUCGUUCAAUUGGAUAGCAUCAUCACGGAUCCUCCAUAUGGAAUUCGAGAAGCUAGAGAAAAAAUCGAAACAAAAGUUAGACGUCCGUUACGACCAGACUCUGUUGAUCCAGUUCACUAUCCAUCAACUUCACCCUAUCAAUUAUCGAAUUUGUACAAAGACUUAUUGGAUUUUGCUGCCAAACAUUUACGAAUCGGUGGGCGAUUAGUUUGUUGGAUUCCCAUUUAUAAGAGCGAUUAUUCGGAGAGUUGUAUACCAAAGUCGAAUUGCCUACGAUUAAUUGCCAAUUCAGAGCAAACGCUUAGCUCCAUAUGCGCACGACGAUUAUUAACUUACGAAAAAAUUGCCGAACCUGACGAAGACCAUUUGGAAAACAUAGAUCAAAUUAAAGACGAUUUUCGGCAUCGGUUUUUUGCAUUUGACGACAUGGAAAGGCAAGAAAAACGAAUACAACGCCUCGAAUUGAGGGACAUGCUUCGACAGGAAGCAAUCAAACGUGGCAAAGUAAUCAUUGAGAACGACCAACAAAGCCAAUAACUUGAAAUUGAUGUUGAUACACUUGCAAAAUUGAAAAUAAUUAAAUAUAAUGAAUUUUUAUUUGUAAAUAAAUAAGAAAAAGCGUUUCAA